AUCCAGUCCGUGGAUGUAGUCUGUCACUGUGAUAUUCUCCUGCUCCGGUGCUGGAGGUGCCGUUUUAUAUUAAUCUCCUUUUUUUUUCACUGUUGGAUUAAACCAAACAUUUAGGCGAUAUGAUACUCGGCUACUUGCUGCCUUUAUCGUUACUCUUCCUCCACACGCUCGCUCAAGAAGAUGGCGAGCAGGAGGACGACACCUCCUUCGACUUGUUCGAAGUAAGUCACAUUACGCGCAGGACGCUGGGGGCCAAACAGUUCCGGGGUCCGAACUCCGACGCCCCCGCGUACCGCUUCAUCCGCUUCGACCACCUGCCCCCGGUCAGCGCCCCCAUCCUCCAGCAAAUAGUCCGUCAGAUCCAGCUCAACGAGGGCUUCGUCUUCGCGGCCAGCAUCCGCCAGGACCGCAGCUCUCGCGGGACUCUUCUGGGCUUCGAGGGCCCCGACGGCCGGCGGCAGUUCGAGAUCGUGUCCAACGGACGAGCCAACUCCCUGGACCUGGUCUACUGGCUGGAGGGAGCCCAGAACAUCGUGUCGUUCGAGGACGUGGACCUGUCCGACUCCCAGUGGAAGAACAUCACGCUGCAGGUCCAUGGGGAGAACGCCAAUUUGUACGUGGGAUGCAACCUGGUGGACAGCGUCAUCCUGGACGAGCCUUUCUAUGAGCACCUGCAGGCUGAGGGCAGCCGCAUGUACGUGGCCAAAGGAGCCAUCAGGGAGAACCACUUCAGGGGUCUUCUGCAGAAUGUGCGUUUCAUCUUUGACACCACAAUUGAAGACAUUCUCCUGAGUCAAAACUGUGAGAUUCUUAAGCAAGAUGACGGCAAUAUCGUGAGCGAGAGCACCGAGAUCAUGGACGUGAGUCCUUCCAUCACGACCAACAUCAUCGGCCAGAAGAGGGACGACACAGGCGGGGAAAUGUGCGAACGCUCCUGCGAGGAGCUGAGCACUAUGUUUCAAGAGCUCAAAGGCCUCCGAGUGGUUGUCAGUAACCUCAUUGACGGUUUGCAAAAAGUGACGGAGGAGAACACGGUGAUGAAGGAGGCCCUUGGAAAGAUGAAGAACUCCAAAGAGAAAAACAUGUGCUGGCAGGAUGGCCGGCUGUUUGAUGACAAGGAAGACUGGGUUGUAGACAGCUGCACCAAAUGUACCUGCCAGGAAUCCAAGGUAGUGUGUCACCAAAUCACCUGCCCUGCAGUGGCAUGUGCCACACCUACGUUCAUCGAUGGCGAGUGUUGUCCCGUGUGUCUACCAAAGGGAAGUGAGCAUGGUUGGUCUCCGUGGUCCGAAUGGACAGAGUGCACUGUCACCUGCGGGACAGGAACCCAGCAGAGGGGAAGGUCAUGUGAUGCCACGAGUAACCCCUGCACAGGUUCUUCAAUUCAAACUCGAAAGUGCAGCCCGGGAAGAUGUGACAGUCGCGUUCGCCAAGACGGAGGAUGGAGUUUGUGGUCACCGUGGUCGUCCUGCUCGGUGACGUGUGGAGACGGCCAGAUCACCAGGAUACGACACUGCAACGCACCCGUGCCACAAUUGGGAGGCAAAGACUGCGAAGGGAACGGGCGAGAGACGCAGGGCUGCACUGCAGAGCCUUGUCCUCUCGAUGGUGGUUGGGGACCGUGGUCUCCAUGGGCAACCUGCUCUGCAACAUGCGGCGGUGGAGUCAAAAGUCGCAAACGUGAAUGCAACAGCCCUCAUCCUCAGUACGGCGGUAGGAAAUGCAUCGGAGAGGUCAAUGACAGCGACAGCUGUAACAAAAUAGACUGUCCUAUUGAUGGCUGUUUGUCCAACCCAUGCUUUGGGGGAGUGGUUUGCAACAGUUCCCCGGAUGGUUCUUGGGAAUGCGGGCCGUGCCCUGCUGGUUUUCGUGGAAACGGUACCCAAUGUGAAGAUAUUAAUGAGUGUAACAUGGUUUCUGACAUCUGCUUCAACGUGGGCGGGAUGCAGCGCUGCAUCAACACAGAUCCAGGGUUUCACUGCCUGCCCUGCCCUAAACGCUACAAGGGCACCCAACCUUUCGGGAUGGGCGUAGAGGCUGCCAAGAAGAACAAACAAGUAUGUGAGCCAGAGAACCCAUGCAAGGACAAGACCCACAACUGUCACAGAUCUGCUGAAUGUAUCUACAUCAGCCAUUUCAGCGACCCUAUGUACAAGUGUGAGUGUCGUACAGGUUACGCCGGUGAUGGUUACAUCUGCGGGGAAGACUCAGAUCUCGAUGGUUGGCCUAAUCAUAAUUUAGUGUGUGGAGCAAACGCCACCUAUCAUUGCAAGAAGGACAACUGCCCCAGCCUGCCCAACUCUGGACAAGAAGACUUUGACAAAGACGGCCAAGGAGAUGCGUGUGACAAAGAUGACGACAAUGAUGGAAUCCUUGAUGAGAGGGACAACUGCGCCCUCCUUUACAAUCCCCGCCAGUUUGACUUUGAUAAGGACGAAGUUGGUGACCGCUGUGAUAACUGCCCUUAUGAGCACAAUCCUGCUCAGAUUGACACCGACCACAAUGGCGAAGGGGAUGCAUGUGCAAUAGACAUUGAUGGAGAUGAAAUUCUGAAUGAGAAUGACAACUGCCCACUUGUGUACAACACUGACCAGAAGGACACAGACAUGGAUGGAGUCGGUGACCAGUGUGACAACUGUCCGCUGCUGCACAACCCUGAACAGAUUGACAUAGACAACGACCUGGUGGGAGAUCAGUGUGACAACAACCAAGACAUCGACGAAGACGGCCAUCAGAACAACCUGGACAACUGCCCAUAUGUGGCCAAUUCUAACCAGGCAGACCAUGACAAGGACGGCAAAGGAGACGCUUGCGACUAUGAUGACGAUGACGACGGCAUACCCGAUGACAGGGACAACUGCAGGUUGACACCCAACGCAGACCAGCUUGACUCUGAUGGUGAUGGAAGGGGUGAUGCCUGCAAAGACGACUUUGACAACGACAAUAUCCCAGACAUCAUUGAUGUGUGUCCAGAGAACAGUGCCAUCAGCUUCACAGACUUCAGGAAGUUCCAGAUGGUCCAUUUGGACCCAAAGGGAACCACUCAAAUCGACCCCAACUGGGUGGUAAGGCACCAGGGCAAAGAGCUUGUUCAGACUGCCAACUCCGACCCGGGCAUUGCAGUAGGCUUUGAUGAGUUCAGUGCGGUGGACUUCAGCGGCACGAUGUACGUGAACACAGACAGGGACGACGACUUCGCUGGUUUCGUUUUCGGCUACCAGUCGAGCGGGCGCUUUUAUGUGGUUAUGUGGAAGCAGAUCACACAAACCUACUGGGAAGACAAACCAUCCAAGGCUUUUGGCAUCUCUGGCGUGUCGCUCAAAGUGGUCAACUCGACCACUGGCACUGGAGAACACCUCAGGAAUGCUUUGUGGCACACGGGCAACACUCCUGGAGAGGUACGAACUCUGUGGCAUGACCCAAAGAAUAUUGGCUGGAAAGAUUACACAGCUUACAGGUGGCACCUCAUCCACAGACCAAAGACUGGUUUCAUAAGGGUUGUUGUGUACGAAGGUAAACAGAUCAUGGCCGAUUCUGGCCCAGUUUAUGACAAGACAUUUGCUGGCGGAAGGUUAGGAUUGUUCGUCUUCUCACAAGAGCUGGUCUUCUUCUCCGACCUCAAGUAUGAGUGCAGAGAUGAGAUGGAGUUGCCGACUGGGUUGCCAAGAUAAAUGAAUCAAGAUGGCAAGCGGGCGAGCUUAAAGUAAACAGUGUGUGGUCACUGAAUACAUUUCUACAUAUAUGAGAGACUUUCCAUGCUUUUCCAGUGGAGAGGAAAUUAGGACUCUGAUUUCCUGUUGUCCGGGUGACUUGUAUGUAUACUUUUCCCUCGCUGGAGGUGGGGGGGUCAGAGGAACUGACAUGAAUGAAUAUGACAAAAACUAUGCAGAAUAUUUCAUUAUAACUAAUGUACUUAUGACUACAUUUUAAAUAAUUCAUUGUACAACCACUUAGAGUCUGUAUGUGCUUUUCUACAACCCAAGUGGGAUCUUUUUUUCAUGGCUUGUGUACAGUAUGUGACAGUAUCUGUAACCAAAACAUCAUUUUACUGUUCUUUUUUUUUUUUUAGCAUUUUGCUCAUUCUUUUCAUCCUGAAUGCAUUAAUGGAGGACGUGAAUGAAAUUUUCUUUUUUUAUAGUAAAGACCAAAGAUGUUUAUACUUAAAGUCUGUAUUAUAAUUCCAUUUGUAAAUUAUUUAUGCUUGUUUUUGUUUGCAUUUUUUUGCUAGAGUUUGUAAAUAAUUAUUUAUUUGUUUACACUGACAAAGCGCCUAAUUAAGAGUCCUAAAUGUCCACAAGAAAGAAUAAUCCGUUUAAGGAUGUGAUAAUAAUUUCCAGGCAAAGGUUUACUAAAUUUGUCCGCCAGCUUGCACCGUUCGCUUAAAUGCAAUUUAGAUGCUUGUUGACUUUGACAGCAACAUUAGUUUAUAAGGAAGUGAAAUCAUCUGUUUUUGAGGGGUUUUUUCAUCUUAAUUCUCUGGAACAUCAUGAUGGAGACAUUAACACAUUAACAGCUCAGAGUCUGGGGUUUUUACGUGCAGUCAUUAUGUGUAAUGGCCUCAUUAACAGUGUGAAUAUUCAUGGUAACCAUUCCUAAAAAUAAAAAAAAGUUUAUUUGUCUGGGUAGAAAUUAGGUUAUGUCUUCUUCCAGGUCUGCUUUGCAACUUCCCAUGCACAAAAUGUCAAUGUUUUU